AUGGAGAGCGUCGUCCUCUGCCGCCCUUGCUUCUCCUCGCUUCCCUGGCCCCGAGCCAGGCCCGUCUCGUCUCAGCCGGCAUCUGCUCUCUCCACCGUAUGGCGUCCCGCCGCCGGUUGCAGGAUCCUCCACUCCGAAUUGAAGCUCCGGAAAUCCCUUUUUGUCACUCCGAGAUUCUCGUCCCCCUCAUCCCGCGUCCGUUCCCAUCCGAUCCGGGCUUCCUCCGAUGCGUCGGUGGCUGCUUCGCCGCAGGCGCCAGCGCCGGCGGCGGGGGCAAAGCUGAUUCCUCUUGCGCUCUCCGUUGCGAUCGGGCUUGCUGUCCGGUUCCUCGUCCCGAAACCCGUCGAGAUCACAUCGCAGGCUUGGCAGCUUCUCGCCAUUUUUCUGUCCACGAUUGCGGGGCUCGUCCUCAACCCGCUCCCCGUCGGCGCGUGGGCCUUCCUCGGUCUGACGACCGCUGUGCUCUCCAAGACUCUCAGCUUCGCCUCUGCCUUUGGGGCGUUCACCAACGAGGUGAUCUGGCUCAUCGUCAUCUCCUUCUUCUUCGCCCGAGGGUUCGUCAAGACCGGUCUCGGUGAUCGUGUUGCCACCUACUUUGUCAAGUGGCUUGGGAAGAGCACGCUGGGGCUGUCGUACGGCCUGACCAUCAGCGAGGCCCUCAUUGCGCCUGCGAUGCCCAGCACUACGGCGAGGGCGGGUGGCGUCUUCCUUCCAAUCAUCAAGUCACUCUCGCUCUCUGCUGGGAGCAAGCCCGGUGAUUCAUCCUCCAAGAAGCUGGGUUCUUAUCUGGUUCAAUCUCAGUUCCAGGUGAGGUAGAUGAUUUCUUCUCUCUCCACUUCAUCUUUUUCUCUCUCUCAGUUAUCAGUGCCUCUCAGUUUAAUUACGACCCAAUUAAUUUCGAAUUGAAUUCGAGAUGAGGAUGAUGAUGAUGAUGAUGAUGAUGCUGGUCAGAGAUUUGAUGACUUGUGGGCUUCAGAUAGCUGGUAAACAAUACCUCCUGUAGUUCAUGCGGGGAUGCAGAUGAGUUAUUGGAGCAUCUGUACGCAGGAUACUCAUCCUCAAUGGCGGAUUGACAGAGACAACACCUUAUCAUACCAAUGCAAUGGCCCCUCCUCAGAGAUGAUAGAGGAACUAUGGCCAGGUUGGGUCUCUGCAUUCCCAAAAGGAUCUGCAAAGGACUCUCUGAGCCAUGUGGAAGGAGAAAAUCUCCUGAUAUUGAGGAGGUAAUGUCUAUCAGCAGGCAGGAUGCUCAGUUUCAUUUGUGAUAGGGUCAAGGAGUGGGUUUCCAAGGAGGAAGGAGAUGACAGUUCCAUUUCAGGUGUCUAUGCUGUAUUGGCGUGGGAUGCAUUCGGAUGGAGGCUUCUUACAUCAUACUAAAAAUAUAAAUGUGCGUCCGAUUCUUGCCCUUUUUAUCCAUUUUAAGGAAAUCAUUGGAGUGGGUUUCCAAGGAAAUCAUUUUAAGGAACCCCCAAGCUGAUACAGUGGUGACCUACUCCCAGUUCCAUUACAUCAGAAGAAGAAAGAUGGAGAAUCGUCUAUUUAACGGGUGAAUCGUCUGAUUUUUACACUUGUGCUUUCGAAUAUCUGGACUUGGUGAACUGAGAGAAGAUCUCAAGAUUCAUAUUGAGACAUUAAGACGUAAUCGAUGGUAGAGUGUAUCUCCCCUCAACACGGCCAGUUUAACAGUUGCAGUGGGCAUGGAGAAUGCAUAGAAUUCAGUGGACUUCCAUCCAGAGAUGGAAGGAGUUCGUUUAUCAGCUUGUACUGUCCGGGUUAAGAGCUUGCUAGAUCAGAGUAUGGGUGUAGCAAGGGGAUAUUCUGGUUGACCACGCAAUGGUUAUAUUUCCAUGGCAGAAUCUUUAAAACCAUCUAGCCUGUUGUUCAUUUUUUUACUAAUGUUGGAAUAUCACCAACUAUACUGUUCAUUUUUUACUAAUGAAUCUCUGAGGAUAAUCCUACAUUGAAUCAGAUUGAGCCAUUACUAAACAUGAUUUCAAACGGUAUAAUCCGCUAGAAUUGUUGUCACCUAACAACAUGAGCCCUUCAAAUGAAGUUGACUGAUGCUCUCCUUAUGGAAAGUAAUUCCUCUGUUAUAGCUGCCCAGAUGCACCUACUUGACCCUUACUGCCUUUUUCUAUGGAUUUUUCUCUUAAAAUCUCUCCUCCAAUAACUAUUUUGUGAAGAAAAUAAGGUUUAUCGUUAACUUACCAUGAACUUGGCUGUUGAUGGGACAGUCUGCAGGGAACUCGAGUGCUUUGUACCUGACAGCUGCAGCUCAAAAUCUACUGUGCCUCAAACUAGCUGAGGAGGUUGGGGUCAAAAUUUCCAGCCCAUGGGUGUUGUGGUUCAAAGCUGCUAGUCUACCUGCGAUUAUCUGUCUUCUGGCAACUCCUUAUGUUCUGUACAAGAUCUUUCCGCCGGAGACUAAGGAUACCCCAGAUGCCCCUGCCAUAGCCUCUAAAAGGCUGGAGCAAAUGGGACCUGUCACAAAAAACGAAUGGGUAAUGAUAGGAACAAUGCUGCUCGCCGUUUCACUAUGGAUUUUUGGGUGCGUUGACCUCUCUCUCUCUCUCUCUCUCUCUCUCUCUCUCUCUCUCGUUCUCUGACUUUUCUGAGAACUGACAGCAUUAGCUUGUAUCCAGGGAAUCCAUCGGUGUGUCCAGCGUCGUUGCGGCGAUGCUUGGCCUGUCCGUUCUCCUGCUUCUGGGUGUUCUCGACUGGGACGACUGCCUAAACGAGAAGUCAGCAUGGGACACGCUCUCCUGGUUCGCAGUCCUCGUGGGCAUGGCCGGUCAACUGACGAACCUGGGCAUCGUCUCAUGGAUGUCAGGCUGUGUGGCGAAGCUCCUCCAGUCCUUCUCUCUGAGCUGGCCCGCCGCCUUUGGAGUCCUCCAGGCCUCCUACUUCUUCAUCCACUACCUGUUCGCCAGCCAGACCGGCCAUGUCGGAGCUCUAUACUCUGCUUUCCUCGCCAUGCAUCUGGCAUCUGGGGUUCCUGGCAUCUUGGCGGCCCUCGCUCUGGCAUACAACACAAAUCUUUUUGGUGCGCUCUCGCAUUAUAGCAGCGGCCAGGCUGCCGUCUACUACGGAGGUAUGAGCUCAAUCCUUCUACCCUGUUCUUCAUUUCUAUACCAGUAAGGUCAUCGGAAGAACUCAGGAGAAACGCCACCCUCUCUCUCUCUCUCUCUCUCUCUCUCUCUCUCUCUCUCUCUCUCUCUAAAAGAGUAACAAAUUUAGGGUAGGUCUGAUGCUAAACCUAGAGAGAGAAACAAUUUUUUUCACCCCAUCACCACCCGUUGACUAUCGGUUUAUUUAACCCGUGAUCCAUUCAGGGAAAAAGACAAACUCGAGGAAAAUACCAGACAUACUCUCUCUCUCUCUCUCUCCUUCCCAUUUUAGAUAAGCCCUUCGGAUUUUAUGCGUUUUUUUUAUUUUUUGUAUUUUUCUAGCCCAUGAAUUCAGUUAAAUAUCAGGCUCCGAAUUGAUUAAAUGUGGUUCCUUUGUUCAAAGCUUGACGGAUUUUAAUGGUAAUCUCUGAAAAAUGCGUCAGAUUCUGAGCACUCCGUGACGACCCAAUUUCUUUCCUCUUUUAUCGGUCGUCAUCUUUUUAUUGAGCUAUUUUUCUUUCUUCCUGCUCAGCGGGGUACGUGGAGCUCCCAGAUGUCUUCAGACUGGGCUUCAUAAUGGCCGCUGUCAACGCCCUCAUCUGGGGGGUCGUCGGAGCCGUCUGGUGGAAAUUCUUGGGCCUCUAUUAA